AGUAGGUCGUCUCAAUUUUCUUCACUCGCGACGGCUCUCACUUAAACCACUCUCCCAAGCUGCCGGAAAAUACAGCUAUGCUCUCCGUCGCUAAACGCCUCGGUUCCGCCGUUCCGUCGCUCCGUAACGGUGCCCCCCUCCUCCAAUUCUUCAGAACGGAGGCAGGUCAGCCGAGACGGCGAAACAAGUCCCACUCCCAGCCGCUCAAAAAGAAGGAAGAGAAGUCGGAGUGGUGGAUCGUCGACGGAGAGAUGCACGAGAUCGGCGAACACGUCCCUCUCCGCGAGCGUUUCGCUAUCCCCAGAGACAAUAUCCCCAACAGGCGCCGCAAGCAGCUCCGCGAGCAGUUCAUGCGACGCACUCGCCUCGUCCUUAAAGAAUCGGAGCAUGAGCCAUGGUGCAAGAAGUACAUGGAGCUGUACAACGAGCUUAGAGAAAACUGGGAGAGGCUUUACUGGGAUGAAGGCCACUCUAAGAAAAUUGCUAGGGAUCAUGCUAAUUACGAGUCUGCGGAAGAAGACGAAGAAGAUUUUAAUCCAUACAGGAACAGGCGGCCAUAUAAUGAUCAAACAAAGCAGGAGCAGGGGUUUGCUAAUAGAACAACACCAACACAACAAGGUGAUGGUAACUGGGACAAAGUGAAUCAAAUCCGGGACAAGUUUGAAUAUGACAGAGAAAGGAGAAUGAGAGAAAAAGCCUUUGCACCAAUGAACGCCGUACCGGACGCUAGAGACUCGAAUUGGAAUGCACAGAGAGAGCCAUUUGAUACUGAGAGAUACACUCGGGAUUGAAUUUGAUCAUUUUCGCUCUAUCUGUUUCCAGUGUGUUACGGAAAUGUUGAUUUAGCAGAUGGUGGAGUCAUAAUCUGUGUACACAUUAUCCACAGACGUAGUAGCUUCUCUGGUGGCUUUGCAUAUCUGACGGUCAACCACAAUACUCUUGGAGUAACCGUACUGCACUCAAGUGUGUGAUUAUACUUCCUAAACUAGGCGUUGUUUUGGAUCAUUCCGAUAAAUGACUCUGUAGUUCAUUUUCAAAAGUUGAGUAAAAUCUCAAGUAACCUUAA